GGCGGGGCGGCCAGGCUGACCCUGCGCGGCGGAAGGCGCGGCUGCAUGGACGCGGGCCCGGCGCGCGGGAGGUGAUGACGGCCCCGCCAUGGCCCGGGCGGGCAGCUGCGGCGGCGACGCGGCGGGCGCGGGGCGGCCGGAGCCCUGGGAGCUGUCCCUGGAGGAGGUGCUGAAGGCCUACGAGCAGCCGCUCAACGAGGAGCAGGCGUGGGCCGUGUGCUUCCAGGGCUGCCGCGGGCUGCGGGGCUCGCCGGGCCGGCGCCUGCGGGAUACCGGGGACCUCCUGCUGCGCGGGGACGGCUCGGUCGGGGCGCGGGAGCCCGAGGCCGCGGAACCUGCAACCAUGGUCGUGCCACUAGCCAGCUCGGAAGCCCAGACCGUGCAGUCUCUCGGCUUCGCCAUCUACCGCGCGCUGGACUGGGGGCUGGACGAGAGCGAGGAGCGCGAACUCAGCCCGCAGCUGGAGCGGCUCAUCGACCUCAUGGCCAACAACGACAGCGAGGACAGCGGCUGCGGUGCCGCCGAUGAGGGCUACGGAGGUCCCGAGGAGGAGGAGGAGGCCGAGGGCGUCCCCCGCAGCGUGCGCACCUUCGCCCAGGCCAUGCGGCUGUGCGCAGCGCGGCUGACCGACCCCCAGCGCGCACAGGCGCAUUACCAGGCCGUGUGCCGCGCGCUCUUCGUGGAGACGCUGGAGCUGCGGGCCUUCCUGGCCAGGGUCCGGGAGGCCAAGGAGAUGCUGCAGAAGCUUCGAGAGGACGAGCCGCAGAUGGAGACGCCGCGGGCAGAGCUGGACAGCUUGCGUCACACAGACUGGGCCCGACUGUGGGUUCAGCUCAUGCGGGAGCUCCGCCACGGAGUGAAGUUGAAGAAGGUGCAGGAGCAGGAGUUCAACCCCCUCCCCACCGAGUUCCAGCUCACGCCCUUCGAGAUGCUGAUGCAGGACAUCCGGGCCCGGAACUACAAGCUGCGCAAGGUCAUGGUGGAUGGGGACAUCCCGCCCCGGGUGAAGAAGGAUGCUCAUGAGCUCAUCCUGGACUUUAUCCGCUCACGGCCUCCACUGAAGCAGGUCUCCGAGAGGCGGCUGCGCCCGUUGCCACCAAAGCAAAGGUCCCUGCAUGAGAAGAUCCUGGAGGAGAUCAAGCAGGAGCGGAGGCUGCGCCCGGUGCGGGGCGAGGGCUGGGCUGCCCGCGGGUUUGGCUCUCUGCCCUGCAUCCUCAACGCCUGCUCUGGAGAUGCCAAGUCCACCUCCUGCAUCAACCUGUCGGUCACAGAUGCUGGGGGCAGCGCCCAGCGCCCGCGGCCCCGCGUGCUGCUCAAGGCGCCCACCUUGGCCGAAAUGGAAGAGAUGAACACAUCUGAGGAAGAAGAGUCUCCGUGUGGGGAGGUGAUGCUGAAACGGGACCGCUCCUUCUCAGAGCAUGACCUGGCCCAGCUCCGAAGUGAGGUGGCCUCUGGCCUGCAGUCGGCCACCCAGCCCCCAGGAGGGACGGAGCCACCACGGCCCCGAGCUGGCAGCGCGCAUGCAUGGAGGCCCAGCCCCCGAGACCAGGGUACCUGUCCCGCGAGUGUCUCUGACCCCAGCCACCCCCUACUCAGCAACCGGGGCUCCUCGGGGGACAGACCCGAGGCCUCCAUGACCCACGACGCCAAACACCUGUGGCUGGAGUUUAGCCACCCCGUGGAAAGCCUGGCGCUGACCGUGGAAGAGGUGAUGGACGUGCGCCGUGUGCUGGUGAAGGCCGAGAUGGAAAAGUUUUUGCAGAACAAGGAGCUCUUCAGCAGUCUGAAGAAGGGGAAGAUUUGCUGCUGCUGCCGGGCCAAGUUCCCGCUGUUCUCGUGGCCGCCCACCUGUCUCUUCUGCAAGAGAGCUGUCUGCACUUCCUGUAGCAUAAAGAUGAAGAUGCCUUCUAAGAAGUUUGGACACAUCCCUGUCUACACACUGGGCUUUGAGAGUCCUCAGAGGGUAUCAGCUGCCAAAACCGCGCCAAUCCAGAGAAGAGACAUCUUUCAGUCUCUGCAAGGGCCACAGUGGCAGAUCGUGGAGGAGGCGUUCCCCCACAUCUACUCCCACGGCUGUGUCCUGAAGGAUGUCUGCAGUGAGUGCACCAGCUUUGUGGCAGAUGUGGUGCAUUCCAGCCGCAAGAGCGUGGACGUCCUCAACACUACGCCACGACGCAGUCGCCAGACCCAAUCCCUCUACAUCCCUAACACCAGGACUCUUGACUUCAAAUGACAGCCCCAGGUGGCCAGGCCUCCAGGAGGCACCAGGCAGGCCCUGUAUCAGGCUAGGACGCUCUGAGCUGUGCAUGUACAUAUAUACAUAUAUAGAUACGUUUAUAAUAUAUACAUACAGCCUAUAUAUUUAUAUACACUGUUUCUUGGCCCCAGAGCUCACUUGGGUUCAGGCGCACUUCAGAGCCCUCCCUGGGGGAGGCUGUUUCUUCUCAGGAUUCCUUGCCAGGGAGGAAACGGGGUGGGUUUUCUCACUGAGGAGAGAAAGCAGAAAGUUCUAGAUCCUGGCACAGACUGCAUCCCAUGUUCCCAUUCUCUUCUCCGUCCCCAGGAAUGAGAACGGCAGUUUCCCCUCCCCAGUGGAAGUCCAGGUGGGGAUAGGGUAUCUUGGCUCCCAGCUGGACCAGAGCGCCCUGCUUGCCUCUGCUCUCCCUUUGUGGGGACUCAGGCAGCAGAGGCAUCUGGAAAGUCUCUGAGUGGGCAGGGUCCUCCUGGGAGGCACCUCCACCUCUGUUUGAAAGGUCUGGCCAGGCGUGGUGGCUUAUGCCUGUAAUCCCAGCACUUUGGGAGGCCGAGGAGGGAGGAUCACCUGAGGUCAGGAGUUUGAGACCAGCCUGGCCAACAUGAUAAAAUGUCGUCUCUACUGAAAAUGCAAAAAUUAGCCAGGUGUAGUGGCAGGAGCCUGUUAAUCCCAGCUACGCGGGAGGCUGAGGCAGGAGAAUCGCUUGAACCCGGGAGGUGGAGGUUGCAGUGAGCUGAGAUUGCGCCACUGCACUCCAGCCUGGGCAACAGAGGGAGAGUCUGUCUCAAAAAAAAAAAAAGGUCCAUGCCAAGCUGCUCCCCGCCCUUUCCCUUUCCCUGGGGUCCAAACCACAUGUGUCCUGCCUCUCCUGGCCCUACCACAUUCUGGUGCUGUCCUCACUCGCCCCUGGCCCAGAGGCUCCUGAAGAUGCUGGGUGGUCCCUGCACAGGGAGGAGCAGCUCUGUAAAUCUGUGCACAUGGUCACUCUUGGCCUAAUAAAGGUCUCACAGGCUUCUGUC